AUGGGUGGCGAAACCAAGAAGCAGCUCUCGUCUUCUCCGAAAGAGAAGCUUGAAGAAUCAUUGGAAUCAAGGAAAAAGUACCUGCAGGAACAAUCUCCUUUCAUCUCUGUGCCUUUUUAUGUCCCAUCUGGUGCAACGUCUUCUCCCUUUGAACAACAAUUUGAGUCGGUUAUUCCCAAGAGAUCUCGAUACAACAGUGGGCAAUGGAAACUACAACCCCAAGGGGGUAUAAUCACAAGCGAAUCAAGCCCUUCCCCAACCAUACACCCUCAAACACAGGCUUCAUCGUCGGACGCAGCCUCGUCUCCGCCCCACUCCCCUCGAGGAACCAGCAAAUGUGAAGGAGAACAGCAAUCUCAUCAGCAAUUCAGGAAAGGGAAAUAUGUGAGCCCCAUUUGGAAACCGAACGAGAUGUUGUGGCUAGCAAGGGCUUGGAGGACUCAAUAUCAAGGAGGGUCUGAAACGUCUGGCUCAUCUUCAAGAAGCGAUAUUGCAGUUCAAUCAACAAGAGGCAAAACUAGGGCUGAUAAGGAUAGGGAAGUAGCCGAGUUUCUAAACAAACAUGGGAUCAAUCGGGAUGCUAAAACUGCAGGUACCAAGUGGGAUAACAUGUUGGGGGAGUUUAGAAAAGUGUAUGAAUGGGAGAGAGGAAACGAGAGGGAACAAGUUGGCAAGAGUUACUUUAGACUUUCUCCAUAUGAGAGGAAACUACAUAGAUUACCAGCUUCCUUUGAUGAGGACGUCUUCGAGGAGCUGUCUCAGUUCAUUGGGACUCGAAUAAGAGCUUCUCAAAGCAGAGGAACUUCAAGUGAUGAUGGUCGUUCGCUUCUUUCUAUUCCUCCUCCACCUCCAUUCAAAGUAGAUGAACUUCCUAUUUCAGUGAGGACAAAACCACUGGUAACGACUGGCAACGUUGGUUUUGGUUUUCCUUCUUCCAAGGAGCUACGUAGGAUAGGGAAGAUAAGAAUGACAUGGGAGGAAUCAGUAAGCUUAUGGGCGGAAGAAGGCGAGCAUCAUAGAGGAAGAGUGAAACUUCAAGGUUCAAGCUUUUUAAACGCAGAUGAACUCACGUUCUUUGAUGAUUUCAUGGUUGCCUGCACAAUGGAAGCCUUCGAAGAUGGCCAUCUAAAAGGUUUCUCUGUAGAUAGAUUCGUCAAUGGACAACAAGUGAAAGUGUUUGGCAGGAGAAAGUCAUCUGCAACAGGUUUCACUGAAAAAACACAGCUUCCAUUUGCAGAACACCCUAUCAGAUCUGCAGCUGUGCCACCAUUGGAGUUCCAAGACCCAACAGACUACUACAUCGGGUGUCUUCAAGUUCCUCCAACGACACUGCCGAGCUUGUUUGAGCUUUCAUGGCAUUUACAAGAGCCGCCGCCCGAGGAAUAUCGUUUUCCUCUAAGGAAAGAUGUGUACAAAGAUUUGCCAUCCGGUAAAGAAGUAUUGUUUACUACUUCCAAUGAACAGUUAGAUUGUAGAGCAAUCGUAUAUGACGUGUUGAGCUCAGUUAUCCGCACCAACCCUAGUCUAAGUGCUGCUACUGCCACUGGGAGAGACUCUUUUAUUGCCCUUUGGGACGAUUGCAUCAAUAGGGUUGUUUCCAAAUUUUGUUCGGUUGAAAUGGUUAUUAUCCGAAAACCAUCUUCGUUAAACGAGCCAUUGCAGGAUCAAUGGCCGAACUUGACAGGUUUCGUUAGAAAUUUUUGCCUGUGGAGGGGAGAGGAGACUGAUCAAGUGAGGGAAGGGAAUCUUCACCCAUCAUCUUCUUUGGUGGAGAAGUUGCUAUGGACUUACACGGAUCUGCCGUACGUAUUAGGCUAUUAUGCUGUUGGCUACAUGGUAACUUUCUGUGCGUUAAGCCGAUCUUGCGAUGGGCUUACCAGGACAGAUUUAUGUUCCGUAGAUCUAUCGUCUCCCUCGGAGAGACUUAAAUCCCUAGUGCCUUGCUUUAGAAUAGCGAGCCUAUUGCCUUUGUUGGCUGAUCGAUGCGUCAGUGCCAUUGGCUCGUACAAGCAAUUUUCAUUCAGCGAUUUCGAAAGGUUUGAUUUGGGGAAUGGAAGUGUAAUGGAAAUGACGCCAUAUACGGUGACAAGAUCAUUCUCCAACAAGAAGAAAUGGGCAGCAGUGAAGGAAAUAUACGACAUAUUGGAUCAUCGAAUCCCACACGCUGAAUUCAUUUGUCGGGCAUGUGAGAAAGAUCUUGUACUGGUGUUUAAGCCUAGAGGUUGCAGAUUCAAGCCCGUCAACUGUGAGCAGCUCGUCGAAGCUCUCAAGUACGUGACAAAAGCAUUGGUUGCUCUAAAUGACUUGUGCUUCAUGCACAGGGACUUGGGAUGGGACAAAGUGAUGCGGAGAACCGACGUUGAAAACGAAUGGUUCCUUUGCGGCUUCGAUGAGGCCGUUGGUGCACCGCAGAUGUACCCACACCUGGUGGCGAGUGGGGAUGCGCGUGAUAGACACGCUCCGGAGAUGGGGAGGGGGUUACAUGGGGUGAAAGUGGACGUAUGGGGCGUAGGGUACUUGGUCAAGACGUGUGGACUCACAGACGUGCCGAAAAUGCUGAGGGAGUUGGAAAGUAGGUGCUUGGAUCAGAACCCUGAGCAGAGGCCGACUGCCGCCGAUUGCUACCACCACUUACUGCAGGUGCAGUCAGCUUCAUCCGAUGCAGCACCCUAUUGA